AAAAAAAAUAGUCAAAAGUAAAAAUGGGUAGAAGACCAGCUAGAUGUUACAGAUGGCAAAAGGGUAAGCCAUACAUUAAGUCUCGUUUCUGUAGAGGUGUCCCUGAUCCAAAGAUCAGAAUUUAUGAUGCCGGUAGAAAGAAGGCUGACUACACUCUCUUCGGUCACUGUGUCCAUCUCGUCUCUGAUGAAAAGGAACAAAUCACCAACGAAGCUCUUGAAGCUGCUCGUAUUGCUGCCAACAAGUACAUGUUGAAGGUUGCCACCAAGGACGGUUUCCACUUGAGAAUCAGAGUUCACCCAUAUCACGUUCUCAGAAUCAACAAAAUGUUGUCAUGUGCCGGUGCGGAUCGUCUCCAAACUGGUAUGAGAGGUGCCUUCGGUAAGCCAUUGGGUACCACUGCCAGAGUUGAUAUUGGUCAAAUCUUGAUCUCCAUCAGAACCAAGGAACAAUACGUCAAGACUGCUUGUGAAGCUUUGAGAAGAGCUAAGUUCAAGUUCCCAGGUAGACAAAAGGUCCUCGUUUCUAGAAAGUAUGGUUUCACUAACUACACUCCUGAACAAAUUGCCAAGCUCCAAGCUUCAAAGGAUAUCAUCUCCAAGGGUGUUCACGCCAAGCACAUCAACAACAGAGGUUCUUUGCAAAAGUGGUAUCAAAAUAAGGUUGUCGCCAUUAAUCAAAAGCCUGAACUCAACUAAAUAAAUUAACCUUAAAAUAUUGAAAAUUU